AGUGCGACAGAGUAUUGGACACAAUAUUCAGGAUAUGUUGAUACAGUGUGCGUUUGCUGGUCGGAUGUGUUUUCAGAGCGAUUUUGUCCUGACCCAGUGGUCCACCUACGGGAACUGCUACACCUUACAGUACCCGGAGUUUGUUAGUCGUAGGAGUGGACCAGCUGAUGGAAUUGAGCUGAUCCUGUACCUGGAGACGGACGAGUACAUCCGGGGUAUCUCUACAGGUAAGGGGGCCCACGUCGUCAUACACGAGCAGGAGACGGUGCCUUUCCCCACAGAAGAAGGCAUCGCUAUAGUUGCUGGAACUCAGUCUAUCAUUGGCAUCAGACAGGUCGAGAUUUCACGCAUGGGUGAACCUUACGGCAGGUGUACGGAUGUGAAGGUGUUCAAAGAGAAGUAUGGUGUCAAGUACACUCGUAUGGUGUGCCAAAAGACCUGCGAACAAAACCUGAUCAGACAGAGCUGUGGAUGUUAUGACGAGCUGCAAGAGGAAGUCAACGUCAUAUUAAAGAAUCCUCUCAACCUGAGGCCGUGCCGCACACGGAAAGACAAGAAGUGCGCCAAUGCCAUUGAACUCAAGUUUGGUGAAGCGUCGUCAGCAAUGUGUGGGUGUGACAGCCCAUGCAGUGAAAAGAAGUACGAUAAAACAAUAACAUUAAGACAAUGGCCGAGUCCUUCAUUUGCUAUUUUGAUGCGAGAGAUUAUAUGUAAGGAAAGGGAAGGAACACAGUGUGUCAGGCUACGGAACAAAACAAGUACAGAGUUGUCACAAGAAUUUAUAAAACUGAACGUUUUCUUCGAAGAUUUAAACUAUGAGCAUUUGUCUGAGGAGGCUGAUUAUGAGUUGUCCCAGUACAUCUCUGACAUAGGCGGCACCAUCGGCCUGUGGGUGGGGCUCUCACUGCUGGGUGUUGUGGAAGUCUUUAAGCUGUUAGCUGACGUCAUCAUUUACCUUGUGGGUCGGCUCAGGAAGGCAAACAGACAAAAUUCUUACACAAUUCAUUAAAAUUGUCUACCGUCUUCUUAAAUAAUCUUUACCUGUGUCAAAUUGACUUAUUAAAAAAAUGUCUAAUAUACUACUAAAUACGGCCUAUUCAAUAGAAUGUGCAUAUUAUAUAAUACAUUUGUGUAAUUAGAGUUUUUGUAAUCAGUUUAUAUUAUGUAACAAAAUAAGCAGACAUCUUAAGAAGUAUUAAAAUCUCUAGAAUCUCUAGCAUGGCAUCCUAUAAUUAUAUGAUUAAACAGUGUAUUGAGGUUAUGCAAAAAUUAUAUCCGGAGUUACAUUAACGAAGCCAAUUAAAGUCUUUAAUUUUUUUUGGAAUGAAGAUGUAUUCCCUUUCUAUCAUGUUUUAAAUAUGCAACCAGUUAUGAAAUUCCAGUUUGAAAGGGACAUUUGAUAUUCGAACAAGUUCUUGCCUACUCCACACAUUUAAUGUGUAGACAAAGCAUAUAAUUGAUUGACGGUCUAAAGGCCGGGAACUGUUUUAAUAUGCGUGAAAGUAUUGUCCUAAAGGCCGGAUAGACGGGCCUAAUGCACAUCAUCCAUGCGAAAAACUUUAAAAUAAAAAAAAACCACAUAGUGGUCAAUCGUGGGCUAUUUAAAUACGACAUAGUGGUCAAUAGUGGGCUAUUUAUUAAGCGAAAAUAACAACAAUAGUACAUUUGCAUUCAAUAAUGUUAAUUAAAAUUUAUUUAAGUGCCAUUAUGUUUAGGGAUGAAUUUAAGAGUGUUACUUGUGAGUUGAAGUGUCCAAAAUAGGUUAGCAUUACCAUUGUGGCGAAUAAGUAAGCGAAGUUAAUCUCCACUUAUCUCCUACACCCAUCACCAGCAUCUUCAUUAAGCUCAA